CAGGAAGAAUGUGGAAUGGGUUACAUAAUGCUGCACAGCGCAACUUAAAUAGUCACUCACAGCAGAGAAGCAUUCACAUAGCAAGACUCUCCCUGUGAAACACACCGAGCCAUGAUUGUGCACUUGGUGCUAGAUUUGCUUGAUUUAAAAGGAUGGUUAGUUGUUAUCUGUAUUCUCUUGAUUGUGGCGGAUGUGAUCAGGAACAAAGACCCUCCAAGUUUCCCACCUGGACCAUGGCCUCUUCCGGUCUUUGGGAAUGUCUUCACAGGAGUAGAUUUCAAAACUAUGGAAAAGCUCACUGAGGUGUAUGGAGAUGUCUUCAGCCUGAGGUGGGGCAAUGAGAAGACAGUGUUUAUAUCAGGAUACAAGAUGGUGAAGGAGGCCCUGGUGAGUCAGUUGGACAGUUUUGCUGACCGGCCUGUCGUUCCUCUGUUCCAUAAAGUCUUUAAAGGAAUCGGAAUUGCCUUGAGUAACGGGUAUAUGUGGAAGAUACAGAAGAAAUUUGCCAACGCCCAUCUAAGACACUUUGGGGAAGGCAGGAAAACUCUGGAGCUUCACAUCCAGCAAGAGUGCCACUACCUGUGUGAAGCCUUCAAGGAGGAACGAGACCCAUUUGAUCCCCAAAUGAAGCUGAACAGUGCAACAGGAAAUGUCAUCAUUUCCGUCGUUUUUGGGUGUCGGUUUGAUUACAGUGAUGAGCGGUUCCAGAACUUUCUCCGGGCAGACACCGAGGCGGUUCUUCUGGCUGGGUCUGCGCAGGCACAGCUGUACAACGCCUUCCCUGGGCUCUUCCACUACCUGCCAGGUCCCCACCAGGCCGUUCACUCCAACUACAACAAAGUCACGGACUUCCUGCGACAGGAGAUCCAGAAACACGUUGAGGACAGGGAUCCGUCAGACCCGCGUGAUUAUGUGGACGUCUAUCUGGGUGAGAUGGAGAAGAGUAAGGAUGAUGAGGCAGGAUUUAACCUGGAGACCCUGGUCGUCUGCACCCUGGACAUGGUGGAGGCAGGGACAGAGACUGUAGCCACUACGCUACGCUGGGGCCUGUACUUCAUGAUAAAGUACCCUGAGAUACAGGAAAAGGUCCAGGCUGAGAUAGACAGUGUGAUUGGCCAGUCACGGUUCCCUGAUAUGACAGACAGACCUAAGCUGCCAUAUACCGAAGCGGUCAUCCAUGAAACUCAGAGAUUGGGCAAUGUUCUACCACUAGGAUUUCCGAAAAUGGCAUCCAAAGACACCACAUUGGGUGGAUACUUUAUACCCAAGGGGACAAUGGUGACAGCAAACCUGUCGUCUGUGCUUAAUGAUAAAAAUGAGUGGGCGACGCCUCACCUCUUCAACCCUGAACACUUCCUGGAUGCUGAGGGCCGCUUCCGCCGAAGAGAUGCUUUUCUUCCAUUUUCAGCAGGGAAGAGAGUUUGUCUAGGAGAACAGUUGACUCGCAUGGAGCUGUUCCUGCUGUUCACCUCACUGCUGCAGAGGUUCUCCUUCUCCCCACUCCCUGGCGUGGAGCUAGGCCUGGAGGGAGUGAUGGGCUUCGCCUACUCACCUCCUCCCCACAAGAUCUGUGUUAAGCCUCGCUGAUGGUGCCCCAGUGCAUGAUGUGUUGGCCAAGCCCCCCCCCCCCCCGCUUCAGAAACACACAAACAAACAAAAAUAGUCUCAAAAUAAAACUGAUAAGGAAUAUCAAUGAAUUAGGUAUCAUAUGUAAAUGUUUAAAUAACUGCUGAACAAUGUAAAGAUAGCAUGUUUCCCUAGACUGCACUGUAGAGUUUUGCAUGUAUAUGUCAAUGAUUGUAGCUCCUAUUAAAUGUAUUAGGCUGCUUAAUGUUGUCUUUUGGAGGAGUUGCAAAUCAGGAUUAAAGAUCAGAAUUAAUAAAGAUUGAUUUGACUUUGACUAAUCGA